AUGUGUCUAUUCGUUAUCUGUGUUUGUUACACUUGUAUCUCAAUCAAAUGUUUUUGUGGAGCGCAUCCUCAGCACCAUGGUGGAGCCAACAGACAAAGAAAACUGACUGUGACAUUGCUCAUAAUGACUAUUGUAUCUUUAUUUAUGUUGCUACCAUUUGUUCUCGGUCUUUUCCUUUUUGUGACUCACAAAAGGUCAGGUUUAUUUCGUUCUCCUUUUUAUAUGAGUGCCACGUUUUUUUUGUCUGGUGCAAAUUCUUUUGUAAAUCCCAUUCUAUAUACUUUAAGAAUUCCAGAGUUUAAAAAAGCUCUGAUCUCAUUAUUUAGACGUCAAAGAAAUGAAAAUUUUGUAAUCCCACUUCAACAUUAA